AUGGAUGCUAUUUUUAGAUUGUCGAGGAAAUCCCCGUCCGCCAUUUUAAAUGUGACCUUUGACCCACUAGCCCCGCCUGUGAUUUUACCCGAGGGUGUGUUCAGCCCCUUCAACUCACAAAACACCCUGUUCCACCACGCCGCCUUCUGGGCUCUGUUUAUCCCGACCACAACCACAUUCCGUGUCUGCGACAUCUGGCGCGGCUACUGGGCCCAGAGGCUCAUGUGGGAGGUUGGAGGCAGGCUGGCAUUUUUCCCGGCCAACGCCUUUCAGAAACGUAAUUCACAUUCGUACCUUAAAGAUGCUGAGCAAGAGAAGGACAUGUGUUUCCGCACAGAAGAGUUACUUCAGUUUUUGAGAACCUGGGUCUGUGAGAAAUGUUUUUCUUUCUUUCAGUGUGUGAUAAAGGUGACCUCAGACAGGGUUAAGCGUCACUUUUCGAAACAUUAUGACGUCAUGCUGGUCAGACAGUGGCAUAGGACCUCAAACAUUUGGGCAACACAUAACCCAAACCAGUAA